AUGGUGAAUCAAUUGAAUUACUUGAUUGAGCUAUUAAUUGUAUAAGUUCUAAGUUUCCACAAUAGAAAAUCAUAAAUAUUAUAUAUAUAUGUUUAAACAUAUGUGGAGAUUACAUUAUAAAAAAAAGAGGAAUGUGAUGAUGGAAAUCUUGUUAAAGGUGAUGGAUGUAACGAUUAAUCGAAAAUAUAAAAUAAGUAUAUAUUACUAAAUAGUGUAAGUAAUAAUCGAUUAAACAUUUAAAUCAUAUCAUCAAAUUACCAUAACCAUUAUUUUAGAGUGUAGCCAGAUCAUUUAAAUUAUCAUAAACUAUUUCCAUCGUUAUAAAUGAUGAUUUCAUAUUAAAGAUUAUCUAUAUUUUUCAUAUAUAGAGCAAUAAAAUGUUUAAUAAAUGGAUCAGUCUGUUAAUCUCACUCAAAAUACUUUUAAGAUAAAUGAGUUAUAAAUAAUUCAUCCCAAUUAAUUUUGAUGAUUAAUAUUACUUGCCCAAGAAGUUCACAAAUUCUUAAAUAAUUCAGUCAUUUAUUCAAACGAAGGAUACUCCCAGAUUGAAACAGAAGUGUCUUGUAGUAUACCAAAAGUCACAUAUAUUGAUGAUGUCUCCAUUACUCAAGUCUAAAUAGCAUAGUAACACCUAUAUUCUCCACUUUAUUGGGAUAAUAUUUGUGGAUCAGUGUUAUUGGGAGAAGUUGAACUCUUUUUUAAUUUGUUGGAUAACCUUUAAAUUUUAUUGUUUUAAAUAAAUUAACACACAACUUCCAUAAAAUUUAUAAACCUACUUUCAACAUUUAGGAUUUGCUUAAUUUAACUUUAUUUAAAGAUUUUCGAUUUAUCAGGAAUUAUUGAUCAAAUACUGA